CUUGAAUUAAUUCUAUAAGAAAGAAAGAAACAACACAAUCCACCAAAUUGAAUAACUAUUGGAGAUCUAGACCCAAGGUUUAGACGUACAAUCGCCACUUAUUGUUUGAAUUUUGGAUUUGAUCAUGGCAAAAGAAGCAAGCUUCUUCAGUGAAGUCGUAGGUUUGCAGCAGCAGAAAACUGAUGAUGGAGUCGUCUUCCCCGCAGUUCUCUUCCCUAACCCUAACGCUUCCAAGCCUGUUCAAUUAACAGACGCCAUUAAAGCUAACAAACCAUGGCUCGAUUCUCUGCUCCAUAGGUCUGGUGCGAUUCUAUUCAGAGGCUUCCCUGUGUCCACCGCCUCCGAUUUCAACGAUGUCGUUAACUCCUCCGGCUACGAAGACUUCCCCUACGGCGCCGGUGUUUUAGCAACCAGGACGAAAGUUUGCGAUCGUGUGUAUACUGCGAAUGAAGCACCACCGGACCAGAUGAUCGGCUUCCAUCACGAAUCGUCUCAUGUUAGCGAAUUUCCUUCGAAAUUGUUUUUCUUCUGUGAAAUCGAACCAGGAAGGGGAGGAGAAACAUGUAUAGUUCUGAGCCAUGUGAUUUACGAGAAGAUGAAGGAGAAGCAUCCAGAAUUUGUGGAGCAAAUGGAAGAGAAAGGAUUGAUUUACAGCAGAGUUAUAGGAAAAGAAUUCGACCCUUCAUCGCCGGUAGGACGUGGCUGGAAGGCGGCAUUCAUGACCGACGACAAGAGCGUGGCGGAGGAAAGAGCUACCAAGUUGGGAAUGAAACUAGAAUGGAUCGGGGAUGAAGGAAAAAUUAUAAUAGGACCCAAUUCCAGUUUCAGAUAUAAUGAGGCGCGACAAAAAAUGACAUGGUUCAACCGUCUAGCAGUUUCGUAUGGAGGAUUGAAGGAUAAGCUAAAUGAUGAUCCGACAAAAGCAGUUGUUUUUGGUGACGGUGAACCAUUGCCUCCUGAUGCUGUUAAUGACUUAUUAAAGAUGUUGGAUGAAGAGUGUGUUGCAUUAGAAUGGUGUAAAGGAGAUCUUCUGCUACUCGAUAAUUUGGCAGUUCUUCAUUCACGAAGACCAUUGCUCGCUCCACCCCGUCGUAUACUUGCUUCAUUUUGCAAGUGAAGGACUUAAGGAAGGUGGUAAGAUAUAAUAUAUAUGCAUGUAUUUAUGUAUGCUUUCGAAUCAACUUUGUAUACGAAUAAAUUGCCAGUAAGUCCAUCGAGCAUUGCUAUAAUUUGGUAUAUUUCUUAAAGUACGGUACUAUAGCGGAAAUAAUGAAAGUUAAAUACUAUAAUAAAACAAAGAAAUGGAAGUUUAUAUUGUUA